AUGUCUGCUGAGGAGAUAAGAGCUAAACGUCUGGCUAAGUUGAAUAAUGGAAGUCAACCGUCAAGUUCUACAAGUUUGAACUCUCAAAAUACAACAAAUUCACAGACAGCAACAAUCACAAAAAAAACCACAACAUCUGCUGUAUCAUCAUCUACUGAACAAUCAACCGUUUCUACCCCUGUAUUAGACAAUGCCGAUGCUAAAAGACAAAAGCAAAGCACAUCAGCUUCCACUCAAGAGAACAUCACGUCUUGGACAAACAAGAUAUUUGAAAUUGUUUUAAAUGUUACGCUGGAUCAUGAGAAAUCUGGCUCUGCAAUUUUCUUGGAGAACACUUUCACAGAGCUGGUUGAAGAGAAUCAAGACCCUGUCUUCAAUAAGGAUUUAGCUGAUCGUGCAAUUAUCGAAGUCCUAUCAGAAAUUGGGGUUGAUAAUCCCUUCAGCUAUCUUAAAAAUGCAUGGAACAAAACUUUCCAAGAAAGAAGAAUCAUUUUACAAAAAGACACAUUGAGAGAUGCAAAAUAUGAGAUUUUAAAUGAAAUUGAAAGAUUGACCUCAAGUUAUGGUUUAGUUUCUUUCCAAAUCCCUGAUUUGUUUAUUAAUGGUUUUAACGUCAACUCUACUUUACUAGAUAUUAUCAGUAAUGAGAAUAGCUAUAGUGAUUUUUUGCUUCAAAUUAUCAAGAGAUCAGAUGAGGAAGGAACAUUACUAGAUUUUUUGAACAUCUUCAUUCCAAAUUUAUCCAAGUUAAUUUUAGGGUUGGAUUUGAACAAUCCAAAAUAUCCUCUGAUUUUGAACAUCUUUCAGUUAUUUUUAAGUCAGAAAGCUGUUGGAGCUGUGUUCACCCAAAUUGAAGGAUUUGAACUGAAUCCAGAUUUAGAACCCUCCAAAUUUGAAGUUUCUUCAAUCUUGGGACCAAUCUUCAAAUUAUCACCAUUACAAAGAACUGUUGCUAGAAAUAAUUUUGAUAGAGGAAAUGAAAAGUCUCAAUUACAGAUCAAUAAAAUUGGUGAAUCUUUACAAGCUGAACAUAAGGUCUUGUUGGAUAGAUUAUUUUCUAUAACAAGUAAAAUUAUAAGAGGUUCUGAUCAAUCAAGACAUGAUCUAAUGAAAUAUUUUGGUACAAUCAUUAAUAAGAAUCACUUGAGAAGAGGUGACCAUUCAGAUGCCAAUAAAUUGUCAUCAAAUGCAUUUAUCACAAAUAUCAGUUUGAUAUUAAUUCGUUUAUCCCAACCAUUUUUGGAUUCAACACUCACAAAGAUUGACCGUAUUGAUCCUAAUUAUUAUAGCAAAACCCCAUUGGUUGAUAUUUCUGAAGAAACUAGAGUUAAUUCAACUACUGCUGAAGCAACAGAAUACUUUAAUGCUAACACAGAAAUUGACAAAGGACUCAAAACAAAUUUCAUAUCUGAUUGCUACUAUUUAACAUUAGCAUACUUGCAUUAUGGAAUUGGUGGUACUUACUUGUCUGAAACCAAGAUGAAAUCUACUAUCAAACGAUUAGAACAAUCAAUUGCAAGAUUGAGACAACAAGCGAAUACUCCAAACCCAAUGCAAGGUUUCGCAAAAGUUCAACUACAAAGAAUGGAAGCAAGUUUGGCAGCUUUGAAAUCAGAAAAAGAUGCACUAGUUUCAUUUUUUGUUCAUAGAGAUCUACAAGUGGAAAUCUUUGAUUUUGUCAGUGGUGCCAGUGCCUUUUUAACUAGGAUGGUCGAUCCAAAACACACUUAUCCCCAUGGUGGAUUAUUGAAAUUGCCAUUGGUCCCAGAUGUUAUUGGGUUUGAAAAUGUUGAUAGUACAGAUUAUUUCAAAGAAAAAGCCCCUUCACCUUUUAAAUAUUAUCCGGAAUAUGUUGUUGAAGGUAUUAUCAAUUAUUGUCACUACAUUUCUAAAUAUUCCAACAAUCCAAUGUUGAGAAAUCCGAGGUUACAAACCUUUGUUGAAUUUGCAGUGACAUUUUUACGUUGUCCAGAAUUGAUUGGGAAUCCACAUUUGAAGGGUCGCCUGGUUGAGGUUUUAUUUAUUGGUACAUUACCAACUCAGGAUCAAAGACCUGGUUUCAUGGCCGAUAUUAUAGAUACUGAUAAAUUGGUUUCUGAUAAUCUAUUAUAUGCCUUGUUAGAUUUUUACGUGAUUGUUGAGAAAACAGGUUCUUCAUCCCAAUUUUAUGAUAAAUUCAAUAGUCGUUACCAUAUUUCAUCAAUCUUGGAACAAAUUUGGAAAAAUCCACUAUAUCAAAACCAAUUAAAAUGGCAAAGUGAAAACAAUGAAGAAUUUUUUAUUAGAUUUAUUGCAAGAAUGUUGAAUGAUUUAACAUUCUUACUAGAUGAAUCCUUAAGACAAUUGGCAGAGGUUCACCUGGUACAAACCGAACUAGAUAAGAGGGAACGAGGAAUUACAACUCUUGAAGGUACAGUGGAAGAAUUACAAUCUAGGUUCAACAGUGCUUCAGGACAAGCUAAAUCUUUCUGUGGUUUAGCUAACAAAAGUAUUGACUUAUUUGGUUUGUUUACCCAAGAAGUUCCAAGAGCUUUCACAAAGAGUGAAAUUGUUGGUAGGCUAGCUAGUAUGUUGGAUUAUAAUCUUGAUGCAUUAGUUGGUCCAAGAUGUGUCAAUUUGAAAGUUAAAGAGCCAGAAAAAUACCAAUUCAGUCCAAGACAGUUAUUAGUUAACAUCUCUAAAGUUUAUAACAAUUUGUCAAAUGAGGAAGAAUUCAUUAACGCAGUUUCACAAGAUUCAAGAUCUUUCAAAAGAUCAACUUUCAAAAGGGCUGAAGCUAUUUUGGGUAAUAGAGGUUUUGUUGCAAAUGAUUUCUUAAAGACUUUUAUUGAAUUUGCUGAUAAGGCUGAAGCAAAGAGACUAGAAGAGGAGGAGGAAGAACUGAAAUUAGGUGAAGUUCCUGAUGAAUUUUUAGAUCCAUUGAUGUUUACUUUGAUGAAAGAUCCAGUUACAUUACCAGGUUCAAAAGUUAAUAUUGAUAGAUCUACCAUCAAGGCACAUUUGUUAAGUGAUUCAACUGAUCCAUUCAAUAGAAUGCCAUUAAAACUAGAAGAUGUUAUACCAAAUGAAGAGUUGAAACAACAAAUUUUAGAUUUUAAAUUGAAAAGUAAACAAGAUAAAGGUGACGUUGAUAUGACUGAUGUUUAG